AUGUUUUAUUUACAGGAUAUACACACUGGUGAGGAAUGUGGAGAACUGUAUCAAAGACAGUUGAAGCUAUGGCUGUGGAGGCUACUGCUGUACUCAUCUCUUCUCUACCUGAUGGCCAGCAUAAUUGUGUAUCUCUGGUACCUCCCUGAACAGACGAUUGGAAAGGUCAUAUUGGCCCUUCCAUUCGUAGUAUUUCCACUAUUGUAAGUAUAGAUAUUUCUCAAGAAAGAGAUCGCCGUGUCUAUUUGUAGUUAGUUGCUUAGCCCCCUGUUGAUCUAAUUGUUCUUUCCACAGUGUAUGGCUCCUUCGAAAGGGGCUGAUCGCUCUUUUUAAAAGAAGAACAGAAAGAAACAGUAUGUGAUUUAAAGCUUUAUUUAGACUGCCUCAUCAUGACAUGCUGCUUUCCAUUUGGUGUAAUCAGCCAAUUUUUUUUUUUUUUUUUCAGAUGAAAAAUUGGAGGACCUCAAAUCACAAAAACGAAAAAUGGUAAGUUAACUUUUUCAGCGGUUGGCUUUUGAUUGGGAGAACAUCGACUAGACUGCUAUUAGAAUCCACCAUAGCCGUUAGAAUCCACCAUAGCUGCCACCUUUAUACCUGGAUAAGGGUGAAGACAAUGUGGAUCCCCUAAUCAUUCACAAAGGACUCAUAUGAAAGAGCUGAGAUGUAAGCACUUAAUAAAAAAAUAAAAAAACGUAUACUUUUUUUACAUUUACAUUUUACAUUUUAGUCAUUUAGCAGACGCUCUUAUCCAGAGCGACUUACAGGAGCAAUUAGGGUUAAGUGCCUUGCUCAAGGGCACAUCGACAGAUUUUUCACCUAGUCGGUUCGGGGAUUAGAACCAGCGACCUUUUGGUUACUGGCACAACGCUCUUAACCACUAAGCUACCUGCCGCCCCAGCCUGUAACUCAUUUUACAGCCUGUAACUCAUUUCUAAGUGGACUUAAUCUGCCAUUUUGAGACAUUUUACCUCUUGAGAUGAACACUAUUACAAGAUGGCGUACCUAAGAUAUGCUGGAGUCUUCAUGCCCUGUUCUGCUAUUAUUGAGCUUUUACAGCACUUUGCUUAGAUAAUUGCUACUCCUAAUAAAUAAUCUAAAAUCAAUGCCGACAGCCGUUAAUUGGCCUAAAGACUUGACUUGGUAAAGCACUCUGCUAACGUCUCUUAAAUGAAUAGCGUUUAGUGCUAGAAUGAAAAUAAAUCUGAGAAAUUGCUUGUCAUGUCUAAUAACUUCCAAUAAUUAUAGCUGAUGGAUUUUCCCACUCCAUUAUGGAAGUAGUGCAUGUCAUUAUUCUUCUCAUUAUGUGUAAACAAUUAGCAAUAUUUGCUAUUUCCCUGAAAUGAAGUCUCUAAAAAAACAAGGUGAAGGAUUAUUGUUGAAGCAUGUAGACCUGCUAUAGCCACUUUUUUUUAAUAUUCUGAAAACCUUUAACAUCGCAUUGAUGGUAGAAUGUGGGUCUGGCCGCCAGUUGACUUUUGUUGGUAGAAUGUGGGUCUGGCUGCCAGUUGACUUUUGUUGGUAGAAUGUGGGUCUGGCUGCCAGUUGACUUGUAGGUAGCUGGUCUUGUAGUGUUUCAUUAGACCGAGUGGCGCAGCAGCCUGAGGCACUGCAUCUCAGCGCGUCACUACAGACCCUGGUUCGAUUCCAGGCUGUAUCACAACCUGGCCGUGAUUGGGAGUCACAUAGAGGGCGGCUCACAAUUGGCCCAGUGUUGUUCGGGUUUGGCCGGUGUAGGCCGUCAUUAUAAAUAAGAAUAUUUGUUCUUAACUGAGGUUAAAAAAUAAAAAGAGGAAACAUCUAGUUGAGAAUAUCAAACUCUUGACUUCAAACACCCAACACAGGAGUUCACAAUUCUGUUUCUGUGCAGGAUAUUGGGUAGUUGGAUCAUAUUGAUGUGGUGCUGAAGACUUUCCAGGCAUUGUAAAGAUCUGAUCAUCUGUACAGAUGCAUGACAGUAUAUGCGGUCAUAGGACCACCUGUUAAAGCGGUUAAUUAUUCCAAUCACUUAAUUGAUUGUUCACUUGCUAUUUUAAUUUGAUUAAUGAUGUGGAAGAUACGACAUUGGUUAUCAUUGAUGUCUCGUUACGGUCAUUGGAUUUUAACAGAAUUAAUUAUGUGGAAUGGUGACAUGUCAUAUCAACAUCAUUAGUCAAUUAACAGAUCCAUCAAACAUCAGCUAAUAGAACAGAAACCUGCAUACUCAAGGGGUUUACUGGAAGACCAAUGUUUUCUGAAGACCAAUACUAUGACACUUGACUGAUGAGAACUCAUAAUGGAAUACUGAAUCAACCUGACUUUCAAUUUGUCCUUUUCAUUUCCUCAGCAUUGAAAGUAUGAACUUCUCUUUUCCAACAGCUGUUAGAGGUGAUGGAAACUGAAACCUAUAAAACUGCUAAAAUGAUUCUGGAGAGAUUUGAUCCUGAUUCAAAGUCAAAGGUGAGAAUUACAGCUGCCUAUGAGCCUAAUAAUUCUUUGAAUUAACCUUGAAAGUAUAUGUCUUAGUCUUGUUUCCAAUUUGAAGGUGCCAGAAUCCCUUCCAAAUGGAAUGCCUAUGACUCCAAAACCUCCCCAAGGUAAUGUAGUCCAACACCUCCCCAGGGUAAUGUAGUCCAACACACCUCCCCAGGGUAAUGUAGUCCAACACACCUCCCCAGGGUAAUGUAGUCCAACACCUCCCCAGGGUAAUGUAGUCCAACCCCCUCACAGGUAAGGGAGUUGCCUAGAUACAGUGGGGAAAAAACUUAUUUAUUACUUAUUUUCCACCAUAAUUUGCAAAUAAAUUCAUAAAAAAUCCUACAAUGUGAUUUUCUGGAUUUUUUCUCUCUCGAUUUGUCUGUCAUAGUUGACGUGUACCUAUGAUGAAAAUUACAGGCCUCUCUCAUCUUUUUAAGUGGGAGAACUUGCACAAUUGGUGGCUGACUAAAUACUUUUUUUCCCCACUGUAUAUUUUCAUUUAAGGCCUUUCAUGUGCAUGCAUAGCUUACCAUUGAUAAAUAUUAUCCCUGCAUGGUGUCCUCCAUUAGAACUCCGUCAGCGCCAUGUCACUCCUCGGUCCCCGGUGGCGGUGACUCCUGCUGCAGCUCGUCCUCCUCUGGCCCCAGGGGCCACCCGUGCAGGGCCGCCCCUCCACGCCGCUCCUGGAGGACCCCCAGAGAGGAUCCUGUCUGAGGCUGCUCAGCAGAGCUUGGUGAAGAGGCCCAUGACCCCUGGCACACCUGUUCCAGGAGUGGGUGAGUUGGCUGCACACGGGGACCACAUCAUAAUGUGGUCGACUUAAGGUGAUGUAACCAUCCCUGUCUCCUAGUCUCACCAGUCCUUCAGGGAGGGGAAUGUUUUCAAUUUUUUUUACAGGAAUUAUAGUUUUUUUUACAGGUGGUAGUUAUGGCCAAUUGAGUGUAGUAUUUGAAUCCAUUAUGGUAGGGGUUGCCGGAAAACUAACCCGAAGGUCAAGCUUGCUCCAAAGAAGAGAUGAUGGUUAACUAAGUCGAUAAAUGUGAAAUUGACCUGUGAUUUUUAUGGCUAUUAGAAGUUAGUGAAUUUGGUGAUGAUAAAAAAAAGAAUAUUUAAUUUGACAAAGAUUUCUCACAUGCAGCCUUUUGACCAAGAGGGUUUCAAAAAUAUGAUGCUCACCGUCAGUGAGUAAUGUAUGUUUACUUUUAUGUUAAUAGGAGCAGACAUGUAGUCUGGCCUUGGACACGUCAUAGGAAAUGCAAACAGUUAGACAUUCUCCCAGAGAAAAGCAACAUGGUGUAAUUGCCAUUUGGAAAGGAAACUGUGAGGUAUACAAGAACCAAGAUCAUUUGAACCAUGAUUUAAUCAGGGAAGGCCUGAAUUCGUUCUCUGGCGUUGGUACUGAAAACGUCAUCCUAAUGCCAGGUAUAAUUGGUUGUCAUGGGCACACCUUGCGAAUGUUUCAUAUGGCUUGAUAAUAUCAGGCCCUUUUGGUGAAAAGCGAUUUUGAUAGGCACUACAGUUUCCAUAUGUUGGUAUAUGAAUAAGCAGUAGGAAACUCUUCCUGUUAGGGUAUAUUAAUUACCACUCAGCAACACAGCAGGGAUUCUCGUAUACGUGCUUUGCAAGUGAGAUCCAUUUUUAUAGUGGGCCUCUGCAGCUAACUGUAGAUUUCGGUCUUGCUGUUUUUUUUUAAGCUUCUCUGGCUCAGUGCGAUUUUUUUGUAUUCGAGACCAGACUGUAUGUUCAGCUAAUGUUCAUGUGUGUUCUGCGCCCCCCCCCCCCCCCCCCCCCUUCCCCAGGCCUUCCCCUGGCCAGACCUGUCCUCCCCCGGGAUCGAGGCGCCAUGGACCGGGUUAUUGAAUACCUUGUCGGCGAUGGCCCUCAGAAUAGGUAGAGAACCUUCUUUUCACCUAAAGAUGUGAUUUCAACAGGUGUUUUUUUUUUUUUUUUUACACUGGCAAUGUAUUUCUGUAAUGAUCAUCUUUUCAAUCCUCAGCAAAAUAUAAUAACAGCAAAAUGAAUCUUCUGCUGAUUUCAUUGCAUGUAUGCAUUCUCAAACAUAUUUUCUUCCUCCAGAUAUGCCCUCAUAUGCCAGCAGUGUCUCACCCAUAACGGCAUGGCAUUAAAAGAGGAAUUUGAAUAUAUUGGUAAGACUCUGUCAGUCUCCAUCAAACACUAUACCUUAAUUUGCCCUCUAGCAUUUGGCAGCAUUGGACUCUGUAAGCAGAAAGAACGCAUCUAGAUUGAAUAUGCAAAUAAGUGUAACCCAUCGAUCAGGAUGCGUUUUAUGAUGCAAUUAUUUUUGGAAUAUCAUUGGUUUCAUCUUCAUAUUCAUCUCUGUCUACAUGGAAAUAUAUGCCAAUCAUACAAGUUGACAGUACACUUCGACCAUGGUGGUUUGUCUCGUUUCAGCCUUCAGAUGUGCAUAUUGUUGUUUCCUGAACCCUGCGAGAAAGACCAGACCCCAAGCCCCCCGACUCCCUGAGGUCAGUGCCGAGGCGAAGAUCCCCACCGACGAACCCAUUCCAACCCCACCAUCCCCCGUAGCAACACCACCUGAAGCUGAUGAGAGCCCCGUUGCUGCAGGUAUGUCUCUGCCAACCCAAGUUUUUGUCGAUGAGCAGUGGAAGAAUCCCAUUGUGCCUAAUUUUGCUUGCUUACUUGAAUGCCUGUAAAAACCUGACGAUAUAUUGAUCCUGUCAUUUUUCAGUUGAGGAGAAACCGCCUUCUCCCCCAGCUGAAGAGGAGAUCCAGGAGCUGGCGGUGACUCCAACAGAGAGUGCCCGUGAAACAGAAGAGUCAGAAGCCCCAGACUCUCUGGAAGCCACCCCAGAGAAGUCCGAUGGAGAGCUGGACGUGUCAGACGUGGAGGUCCAAUAGAAUGUCGUUUCAACAUCAUUUUACGCUGGCGCUAAUAUUAUUUUUAGUUAAUUUUUCUUAGUUUUUAAAGUAAACUUAACAAUGGUUAGACUAUAACAAUAAUGUGAGUAAGAAUCGCAGAAUGACAGGAUAAGGGUUUGGUAUGAACCUAAAUGGAUUUAUUUUCCCGUCUGUUAUAGUGAUGACAUAUAAAGUGAAUCCUGACAGUAGUAGUAAUGGGAUUUAUUUACUGUUGGGAUUUGACAUAAUGUCCAAUACUUUCAUUAACUAUACCAGCACUUCUAUACAUAAAACCAGUAGUUUAGCUAGCCAAGCAUUUGGCGUUGAUGCACGUCCGUAGAAUGUUUUUUCUCCUUUUUAGUGUCUUGUUUUACAUAUUAAGUGGAUAAGCAAUUUGCCACAUUUACUAUAUUGUUAUAUUGUGUAUUUUUUGUGUGACUGAAUGUCUACGUCCGUGCUGUUUUUACAGACAGGCAACGUGCAAAUGAACGAUACUAAUAAUAAUAAUGCAGAGGCCAAAUCUAGCUAAGCAGUUGGAGUUGGUCCGUAGAUGUAUGUUUUCUUCCAUUUUGUUUUGCGUGAGUCGUUUGCUACAUUGUCACUGUAUUAUUUUAGUUCUUUUUUGUUUGUUGACUG